AUGGCUCCAUCACUCCCCGUCGAAUCCUUCCACGCCUACGCGGCCCGCACCGGUCUGUCGCGAUCCAGCACCGUCUACACUGGCACCACGUACGAAUACCUCGCACAGUCCACCCUCCGACCCUAUGGGUUUGAGCUGCAUCGAGUGGGCGGCAGAGGGGAUCGCGGCGUCGAUCUCGUAGGUGUCUGGGAGAUACCCAUCUUGUCGCACACCGGCGAAUGGAAAGAGACGAGGCAUAACACAAAAAGUCGAGCAUAUAAUCAUGCGGGGUCCGAAGAGUUUGAGGGUGUAGAGACCUUGCAGCUCAAGGUGCUGGUCCAAUGUAAACGCCUGUCGGGGAGGCAUGCUAGGAUUGGGCCGAAUCUGGUCAGAGAAUUGGACGGGGCUGUCAGAGCGAGUAGAAGUGCAGCCUUUGUUGACAUGAUCUUCCCUCAGAACACGGCGGCGGGCACGGCCACAGAUGAGGGGAGCAGCAACCUCGGGGAAGAACCCCAACAGUCGAACCUGGGGAUGGGACAGGCCAUCGGCGUGCUGGUGGGCACCAGGCCAGCGACCAAAGGCGUGGUGGACGGUAUGAGCCGGUCGACUCGUGGAUUAGUCUGGAUCAUGAUGGAAGAAGCCACGGAUCAAGAAACGGGGCCGAGGGUUGAACCACAACUCACAGACCAAAGCGAGUCUCUUUCCCCAGACACAACCGACCCCACUACCGCUCUAAAGGGCCGCGUCAAGCAAAUCCUCUGGAACCACGCUGCCCGCGGUGCAGGACUAGAGGGCGUCGACGUGGUAAAGCGUUACGCCUCGGACGGUGCCGAAGAGGUGGUACUGAUGCGAGGCGGGCGAGUCUGGGGCGGCAGUCCAAGACAGAAAUGA